CCUCACCAUUCUCAAACAAGUUACUGUGGAAGUUCAAUUGACUCCAUAUAUCAUUGAUCCUAGUCUUACUAUCAUAUCACCCUCACUUUCGGUCCCCAAAGCUCUACUGCCAUGGCCGCGAGCCAGGAUAGCGUUUCCUUCGAUGCGAUCAUCCAAGCCGAUCGCAAGAGAAGACGCAACGAAGAACUAGCAAACAAGCUCCUGAGCAAGAAGAAAUCGACCAACCCGCCUACAAAACCGUCAGGGAAGACGCAGAAUGUGAAGCCAGGCAGCCUGGCAAGUCGUAUUGGAGUAGCGAAGCGCUCCGCAUCGGCUACUCUACCGGCCAAAACCACUCCUCCAAUCCCAGCGCCCGCGCGACAGGGUGCCCGACAGAACGCAAGGCCAUCGAACAAGCGCCGUCCUGAUGAGAACCGCCUUCUUUCUGCGCUCAAUCCCGCGAGCGGCCAGGCUAACGUGCGAAAUGGAGGUGGACUAUCGAUCAAAGGAAAAGGGUCUGGGCCAUUCGUUGUUGUCGGUAGCAACUUCGCGCCAGGGACUACGGCGGCCGAUAUUCAAUCAGCUCUGGAACCUGUUUCCGGCCCGAUAUUGCGCUGCUGGGUCACUGCGCAACAUCCUGUUGUCACAGCGGAGAUUACAUUUGCAGAGAGACAGGCCGCAGAGGGUGCCGUUGCCAACUUUCACAACCAGAGGGCCGACGGUCGGAUUCUCUCAUUCCACCUAAAGCAACCUGCGAACCCCGACCUGUUCGAGCGCUCCAAUGCCCAGCCCGCUGUACAGAACUCCCAAUCGUUCAGUGACCUCCGCGAGCAAGCAGACCGUGAUCGCCGAUCUCAUCGCUUGGCCGAUGCAGCUGUCCAGGAUGGACGGUGGGGAUUCAAUGAUCAGAACCAGGCAGGACAAGGCCCAUCCAGGGGGAACAAUCGCAGAAACCGGGGUGGUCGGAAAGCAAGGGGUGGAGCACAGAAUACACAAGAAACAGGCCUCUAUAGCGAUGAGAUGAUGGUCGAUGCACCUCAGCAGAACCAGCGAAACCGGGGCCGGCGCAUCGAGAUGAACCACGCAACGAGGCGCGCCGUGAGGCAGCUCCUCAGAAGACAUCCCAACCAGACCCUCUGCCUCAAAUCGCAACGAUGGUCCUCAACUACAUCCACAACUUCCACAUCUACCUCUGAGACAAGAAAAUGGUCGACGCCACUAGCGCAGACCCUUGCCAAUGCGAUCAAAGUAACCGGACCCGUUCCUAUCGCCGCCUUUAUGCGCCAGGUCCUCACAAACCCCGAAGGAGGAUACUACACCACGCGACCAGAAGGCCAUGGCGAAGUAUUUGGCAAGAAAGGUGAUUUCGUCACCUCGCCCGAGAUAUCGCAGGUCUUCGGAGAAUUGGUGGGGAUUUGGACAAUCGCGGAAUGGAUGGCGCAGGGACGGAAGCGCAGCGGAGUGCAAUUGAUGGAGGUUGGACCGGGGAAGGGCACAUUAAUGGAUGACAUGUUGCGUACAUUCCGGAACUUCAAGAUGUUCUCGUCGAGUAUAGAGGCGAUAUAUCUGGUGGAGGCUAGUGCCACGCUGCGGGAAGUGCAGAAGAAAUUGCUUUGCGGGGAUGCAGUCAUGGAGGAAACGGAUAUCGGACACAAGAGUACAUGCAAGUACUUUGAUGUCCCGAUCGUUUGGGUGGAGGAUAUCCGACUGUUGCCGCAUGAGGAAGAAAAGACCCCCUUCAUAUUCGCCCAUGAGUUCUUCGACGCCCUCCCAAUCCACGCCUUUGAAUCCAUCCCUCCCUCUCCAGAAAACCAGCCUGAGCAGAAGGAAAUCAUGACUCCCACCGGCCCAGCAAAACUACACCAGCCCUUGAAGCCAGCUAACACUCCCCAAUGGCGCGAACUCUUGGUCACCUUGAACCCGAAAGCCGUGGAGGAGAACAUUGAAGGCGAGCCCGAGUUCAAGCUGACCCUCGCCAAGGCAUCGACGCCAUCCUCUCUCGUCAUCCCGGAGAUCUCUCCGCGCUACCGCGCCCUCAAAUCCCAGCCGGGAUCCACCAUCGAAGUCAGCCCGGAGAGUCGUAUCUACGCAGCUGACUUUGCGCGCCGCAUCGGCGGUGCCUCAGAACCACCCCGCACGGUCACAAAGGGCGCUGCUGCUUCUGCGCCGGCCCCCGCGAAGCGCACAUCUUCCGGUGCUGCCCUGAUCAUGGACUACGGCACUCUCGAUACCAUCCCGAUCAACUCCCUGCGGGGUAUCCAGGAGCACAAGAACGUGCCGCCGCUGUCGUCGCCAGGACAGGUGGAUGUCAGUGCUGAUGUGGAUUUCACGGCGUUGGCGGAGGCGGCGAUCGAGGCUAGUGAGGGCGUGGAGGUACAUGGACCGGUCGAGCAGGGUGAUUUCCUGCAGGCGAUGGGCAUCGAAGAGCGCAUGCAGCAGCUUCUGAAGAAGGUCGAUGAUGAAGAGAAGCGCAAGACACUGGAGACAGGGUGGAAGAGACUGGUUGAGAAGGGCGGCGGUAGUAUGGGCAAGAUCUACAAGGUGAUGGCCAUCGUUCCGGAGAAUGAUGGCAAGCGUCGACCGAUUGGAUUCGGCGGUGGACUUGUGAUGUAG